AUGGAUUACGUUGAGCAGCGAGUAGCCCAAGAGGCCAAGAAGCUUGCAGAGCAGCCACCCGCCGAGUACGCUUCCCCAGCCAGCUUCUUCACCCCUCUCAACAUCAUCCUCCUUGCCGUGGUCGCCUACACGCUCUACACCAUCUUCCGCCCCACCCCGCCGCCCGCCAUGCCCCGAGAGGCACCUGCCACGGUUUUCCGGACCUUUACGCCGCAGACGCUGAUCCAUUACGACGGCAAGGACGGCAAGCCCGUCUACCUGGCCGUGCGCGGCCGCGUCUUUGACGUGACGGCCGGCCGCAACUUUUAUGGGCCCGGCGGGCCGUACGAGAACUUUGCGGGCAGGGACGCCAGCCGCGGCCUGGCCAAUCACAGCUUCGACGAGAGCAUGCUGACCCUCGACCUCAACGGCCCACUCGACAAGCUGGACGACCUGGGCCCGGACGAGAUGGAUGCCCUCAGGGACUGGGAGGAGAGGUUCGAGAGCAAGUACCUCGUCGUCGGGCGGCUUGUUGCCGUUGGCGACGAGGAGAAGAAGUAG